UUGACGGUAGAAAGCAGUUUGAUGAACCUAGAUGUAAAAAAAUAAAAACCAAUUUUGGUGAAAGUACAGAAGUUCAGUCAAUAAGUUCAGUUGAUGAGCGAUUUAGGAUCAAUACUUAUUUUGUCAUUUUAGAUGCAUUUACCAAUGUUUUAAAAUAUCGCUUUGAAGAUUUUUCUAGUAUUGUAAGAAAAUUUGAAAUCCUUGAUCCAAAAAAAUCUUUUGAAGGUAGACCCAGUAAUGAAAUUUUAGUUGAACCCCUUAUAGAACUUUCUACAUUUUAUCAAGUAGAUGUUGAACAAGAAAAUCUUAUUUUGGAGUACAAGUCGUUUUGUUCUAUUUAUAACCAAUUAAUUGCAGAAAUAAAAAAUAAAAAAGUAUUUGACAACAAUAUGUUAAAAUUCAUGAUAGAAAAUGAUAUGAUUUCUUCAUAUCCAAAUUUAUCAACAUUGUAUAAAAUAUAUUAUACUCUGCCUAUAAGUAGUGCAACUGCAGAAAGGUCAUUUAGUAGGUUGAAGCUUAUAAAAACAUACCUCCGUUCUACAAUUGCUGAGGAUAGGUUGUCUAACUUGGCGGUUUUAAGCAUAGAAAGAAAUGUUGCUGAAGAUAUGGAUUACAACAAUGUUAUUGAAACAUUUGCCAAAAUGAAGAAAAGAAGAAAAACUUUUUAGAUGCUCUGAAUUAAAAUUUGUAAAAAACGUAUUCUAUAGAAGAAAAUAAAGGUACCGAUUUAUUUGUUCAACUGUUAUUUCUUUAAAAAAAAAGUGUUAUCAGUAGUUAAUGCUUUAAUAUAUUAUUAAUGGUUUUAAAAAUUUCAUAAUUUAUUAUGAAGGUCUUUAAAUAAUUACCAUUUUAAGGUAGU